AUGACGCGCGGCCGAGCGCGACGCGCACUGAUGACGUCGGCGGCGAUGGCCGCGGCGCCCUUGGCGCCCGACGCCUGGCAGGCGGCUCUUCCGCGCAAAAGGCGCUCGGGUGCGCGGCGGAGGGGCCGGCGAGAGGCGGCUGCCGGGGACCCGGAGGCCACGGGGGAGCCCGACCUGGCGACCGUCCUUUGCCGCCUCCGAGAGGCCAGGGAGGACCUACUUCUCUCUGAUUUCUGGAGUUCAGCACGAGAAACCGUCAACAGCUGUCUCACAAAACUUCAGCGACAACUGGAGGCCCCUGAGGGGACUCUCUCGGAAGCCCUCGGCCACCUGCAUCUCCACUCCUCAGCAGACGAGGCAGACGUGGCCCAGCUCGGGAGCCUGGGGCAAAGCCAGCUCAGAAGAACUCCCCCCUUGCAGUGUGUGUGUUACGGCCUUGGCAGUUUUGCCACCUGCGUCAUAGCCAGAAGCCAGCUAACAUUUUUGCUGCUUUUCCUGGAGGAGUGCCAGAUCCCCAGGAGGUGCUGCUGCGUGUACGACCCUCUGUUCAGCCAGCUUGAGACUGCCGUUCUGGAUGCCCUGGGUGUGACUGUGCUGCAGGAGAACGAGGAAGGGAAGCGGGCUGUGGGAACCGAGCCCACCGUCUUCUACAUGCCCCACUGUGGGACAGCUCUGUAUAACAACCUCCUGUGGAGGAACUGGUCUGUCGGCGCCCUGGCCAGGAUGGUCAUCGUCGGAAACAGCUUCCGGGGACUCCAGGAGAGGCUGUUGACCAGGAUCCUGCAGCGGAAUUAUCCGUACGUCGCAAAGGUCAUCAGUGGCCUGGAGGAGCUCGCACUGCCUGAGACUUCACGGUACAUGGACGUGUUCAACGACACCGCUAUCCACUGGUUCCCAGCACACAGACUCAGCCAGCUCUCUGCAGACACGUGGGCCUUCCGGGAAGAGCCGGACUAUGAGGACUGUGAGGGCCUGGAAAUCAUCAGGGAAGAGGCCAAAGGCCCCUCUGGUGGCCGGGUGUGACCAAGAAGACUAGCCCUUGGGGGUGGACAGGGAGGUUGUGAACUCCCUACAGAGGGCAGCACUGGCAUGAGCUGUCCUGCACGGAGGAUGUUAAGCAUACAAAUCGAAAACCUAA